AUGUCGAUCCGAGGGACAAGCGCCGCUCAAGGCGGACAUUACUUUGGACAGGAGAAGAAACUAUUGGCUAAAAUGACAUUCCCUUCAUGCUUUAAUCAACGUGUUGAUAUGAGAAAAGUACAGCGUGACGUGAUCAUUCAGUGGAUUACGGAACGAAUUACGCAAUUAUUGGGUUUUGAGGACGAUAUUGUCGUGUCAAUGGCGAUUAAUUUGUUAGAAACGAACGUUGAUGAGAAAUUAGAUCCAAAGAAACUUCAAAUGGCUUUGACAGGAUUUUUAGAAAAACAAGCAGGAACGUUCAUGGAGGAAUUAUGGCAAUUGCUUCUCAGUGCACAAAGCAAUCCAACGGGCAUUCCAAGCUCGAUUCUGGACAAAAAGAAGAAGGAAAUGCAGCAAAUUGCACAAGAAAAAGAAAAACUCAAGCAAAUUCUUGAUGCCAAGAGGACUGAAAGCCAACGACAAAGCAGAGAUGAAGAUAGACGACAACACAAUGAGGACAAACAGACUGGUCGUAAACAUGACCGACCGAAUUCUCCUGGACGUGAUGAACGUAGAAGACGAUCGAGAAGUAAGCCGCGACGUCCACGUGAGAGACGCUCAAGGAGUUCACGUAGACGUCGAAGAUCACCUAGUCCACGAAAAAAGAGACGACGAUCGCGUAGUUUACUGCGUGAUCAUUCGAGACGUGGCGGGUCGCGGUCACCGUCUGUUAAACGCCGUCGUAGUCAACGGUCACUGUCGCGAUCGCCAGACAGAGCGCGCCAACGACGUUCUACACGUCGCGGGAGCUCUCCGACACGAGAAAGCAGCCGUCGUCUUCGUCGUUCGUCAUCAAGCUCUUCAUCAGACUCCCGCCAUUGCUCGCCGUCGUCUUCACGAUCGCCAUCGCCUGGUCGUCGUCAAAAGAAUUUUUCUGAUAGUGGAUCGGAGAGCGAUUAA